GGAUAUUCGCCAACAGGGAAAUAGUCCUAGUGCCGACAGGGCAAAAUGUUCAAUAUGGGGUUGGAAUUACGAGUCAUGUACAUGAUAAAGUGACAACAAAUAAAUGAUGGCAAUCGAGUAUUAGCAUCGCUGCAGAUAUUCAAGACGUCCUUUUCAUAUAUCAUCCUCUUUUUCAUGAUGGAAGGCAAAGUGUUCGCCGUGACUGGUGCUGGCUCAGGCAUCGGAAGAGCUACGGCAGUCAGACUCGCUGAGUUGGGAGCCAAGGGCAUUGCUAUCAGCGAUGUUGACCAGGCGGGCUUAGAGGAGACACGAGAAAUAUGUAGCAAAUAUUCGGCAAAGAUUACGAUCACAAAGGUCGAUGUCAGCAACGCACAGCAGGUGGAAUCGUGGAUCAAAGAUACAGUUUCCGCGUUCGGCAAGCUUGAUGGUGCUGCAAAUAUAGCUGGCAUUGCUGGCGGAGAUGGUCAGAGCACAGAAGCCAUAGAUCAAACAGCAUGGGAGAAGAUGCUUGCGGUCAACUUGACUGGAGUCAUGAUCUGCAUGAAGGCCCAAAUCCCACACUUGACGAGGCCAGGUGGUAGUAUUGUGAAUGUCUCGAGCACAUCAGGCCUUAGAGGGCUUGCAAACAAUGCUGCCUACGCCUCAAGCAAAUUCGGAGUUAUUGGCUUGACGGAAUCAACCGCAGCAGAAUACGGGAAGAAGGGCCUCAGAGUGAAUGCCAUCUUACCAGGACCAAUUGACACCAAGAUCUUUCGCGAGGGUGAGGCAAAAGGUCUAUUCAACGCCGAUAUCGUCAGUGGUGGCACAUUAAUGGGUAGGAUGGGUCAAGCAGAGGAGGUGGCUAAAGUGUUGGUCUUCCUAUUGAGUGACGAUGCAUCAUAUGUGACUGGAGCGCACUGGACCGUAGAUGGAGGAUACUCGGCUUGCGGCUUCUACCGGGCUGGAUGAUUCGAUAGAUCCAGCAGAAGCAGGAUGUAACAGCCAGUAUGAACUGCGAGCACAUAACAUGUCCUCGAAAAGGCUCCCCUAUGUUUUCCCACAUGCAUCUAUAGGUAUCAUUGAAACUAUAGGCUGCCUUGGACUAACUUGAGCUCCACAAUAUGCCAGGGAACAACGAAAACAGCGUAGUAGUCCUUGAGGCCAUCAAUACAUUCUUUGAACGUCGGCCUCUUUUCAAAGUCUUC